CGGGGCGGGUGGCGGAAGGCCCCGGUUACGGCGGCUGAGGAGAGACAGAGUCGGGCAGGAUCGGAGAGCGGGCGCGCCAGCCGAGCGCGGAGGGGGCCGGAGGCGGGCGGGGGACGGCGCCGGCCCGGUCCGUGGUCAAAGGCUUUGAGGUAGCCAUGGAUAAAAGAGGAGGCGUAACAGAAACUGAAAACGGUGAUGCUUUCCUGGAGUUGAACAGGAUUCCUACAAAAUACCCACAUCGUUACACAAAGGAGGAACUGCUGGAUAUUAAAGAGCGUCCCUACUCUAAGCAAAGACCUUCUUGUCUUUCUGAAAAAUAUGACAGUGAUGGUGUCUGGGAUCCAGAGAAGUGGCAUGCAUCUUUAUAUCCGAGUUCAGGAAGAACUUCACCAGUGGAAAGCUUUAAAAAAGAUUUGGAUUCAGAUCGGACUUCUCUUAUGCGUAGGAUAGUAGAUCCAAGAGAGCGAGUGAAAGAAGAUGACUUGGAUGUAGUCUUAAGUCCACAAAGGCGAAGCUUUGGAGGUGGCUGUCAUGUAACUGCAGCUGUUAGCUCACGUCGAGCAGGGAGCCCGUUAGAAAAGGAGAAUGAUGGUGUCCGUGUUAUUGGUGGCCGUAGGAUUGGAAGUGGAAGAAUUAUCUCUUCUCGUAACUUUGAUAAAGACCACCGGGGUGGUGAAAAAGACAUACGUGAUUCCAGAGAUGCAAGAGACCGAGAUCGUGAGAGGGACUACAAAGACAAACGCUUCAGGAGGGAAUUUGGUGACAGCAAACGUGUCUUUGGGGAGCGAAGAAGGAAUGACUCUUACACUGAGGAGGAACCUGAGUGGUUCUCUGCUGGUCCUACAAGUCAGUCUGAAACCAUUGAGCUUACAGGCUUUGAUGAUAAAAUUUUGGAGGAAGAUCACAAAGGGAGAAAACGUACACGACGACGUACAGCCUCACUAAAAGAAGGGAUAGAAUGCAAUGGUGGAGUGGCAGAAGAGGAUGAAGUGCAAACUGUCCUUGCCAAUGAAACUCCAGCAGACCAAGAAGUUCCUAGGGAAGCAGUCUUACAAGAACCAGCUCCAGGAGAGUUUGACUUCAAUGAGUUCUUUAACUUGGAUAAAAGUGUUCCUGGCCUGGCUUCGAUGAUAGAAGAUGUGCUGGGGGAAGGCUCAGUGUCUGCCAGCAGGUUCAGCAGGUGGUUUUCUAAUCCCAGUCGUUCUGGAAGUCGGUCAAGCAGCUUGAGAUCUACACCACAUGAGGAACUGGAGAGGCUAGCAGGUCUAGAGCAAGCCAUUCUCUCCCCUGGCCAGAACUCUGGAAACUACUUUGCUCCCAUUCCAUUGGAAGACCACUCUGAAAACAAAGUGGACAUCCUAGAAAUGCUACAGAAAGCCAAAGUGGACUUAAAACCUCUUCUCUCAAGUCUUUCUGCCAACAAGGAAAAGCUUAGAGAGAGCACACAUUCAGGAGUUGUACUUUCAGUGGAAGAAGUCGAAGCUGGGCUAAAAGGCCUGAAAGUGGAUCAGGAGGGGAAAAUUGCUACUCCGUUUAUGGCUGAGCAAAUGGAGGAAGCAUUGAAUGUCACUGGCUCCAGACAGCUCAAGAAAGAUGGAGAUAUGACUGCAUUUAACAAACUAGUCAGCAGUAUGAAGGCAAGUGGGACUCUCCCUUCACAGCCCAAAGUCAAUCAGAGUCUUGAGAGCCACUUAAUGUCACCUCCAGAGAUGCCAGGCCAGCCUCUAUCAAAGAAUAUUCUGCAGGAACUUCUUGGUCCACCCAUCACCAGACCUGCUUCAUCAAAUGUCUUAAGUGGCCUGAUAGGUGGUUUGGAACCUGCAGCCUCUUUGCUGACACAAAGAGCACCUUCUCCCCCUAUUCCACCUGUGUUUCCAACUCGAGCUGCUUCUGCAGAUUACCUGCGCCAUAGAAUAUCUUCACCCAUUGGUUUUGGACAAGGUUCUCAGCAAUUGCUUGGUGAUCCAUUUCCAGGUGUAAGGAAGCCCAUGAGUCCAGUUGCUGCACAGAUGAGUCCCUUGGAAAUACAGCAAGCUGCGUUAGAGGGACUAGCAUUACCACAUGACUUAGCCCUACAGGCUGCAAACUUCUAUCAGCAUGGCUUUGGUAAACCACAGAUGGACAAAAGCAGAGAUGGCUACAGAAACAGGCAGCAGCGAGUGACUAAAUCGCCUGCACCAGGACACAGAGGGAACGCAUCUUCUCCAGCUCCAACAGCAUCCAUUACCAGCAUGCUGUCUCCUUCCUUUACACCUACCUCGGUGAUUCGCAAGAUGUAUGAGAGCAAAGAAAAAAGCAAAGAGGAGACAGUUUCUGGGAAAAUGAAAGUCAGCGAUGGUAAAGAUGAAAAUCAGAGGCCAAAUGAAGCUACAGAUAACCUACUGUCUAGUUCUGUGGAGAAUGCAGAUCAAGAAACUUUGCCCACCUUAGGUACCAAAUUACCUGCACUGCAACGCUCUGCAUGUUCCACACCUCUUACCCAAGCAAAUCGUUGCACCAAAGAGCAAGACUACAGGCCUAAAUCAACUGGUAGAAAGACUCCUACAAUGGCCUCCCCAGUACCAGGAGGCCCUUUUCUUCGUCCUGUUCAUCAAGUACCCCUUGUUCCCCAUGUACCAAUUGUACGACCUGCUCAUCAACUGCAUCCAGGACUGGUCCAGAGAAUGCUGGCACAGGGGGUUCAUCCGCAACAUCUUCCCCUACUGCAAGCAGGUAUGCUUCCUCCUGGAGUGGACCUGUCUCACCUGCAGGGAAUAUCUGCUCCCAUCCUUGGCCAACCUUUUUACCCACUACCAACAGCCAGCCAUCACAUCUUAAAUCCACGCUCUGGGACACCUUUGCAGCUAGCGAUGAUGCAACAGCAACUACAGCGAUCAGGCAGUGGAGCACAGGGAUCACCCGCUGGUGCACAGACAACCCCUCAGAAUGUGCUGUCUCGGACUGGAUUAUCUCAUGGGCACACACAGCUUGACCAUCGCCCUAGCCAGAGAAGUGGCUCUCCCAUUGGCCUUGCAAAGUGGUUUGGUUCGGAUGUCUUGCAGCAGCCUCUCCCUUCCAUGCCAUCCAAAGUCAUCAGUGUAGAUGAACUGGAAUACCGGCAGUGAACAGUGACCACUGGGUGGGACACUUGUGCUUGUUUAGACUGGAUAAAAAUGUCCAUAGUCAGGACUUCACCUCUGUUUGUUUUUUGGGGCUUUUAUUUUUAGCACUCUGUGCAAAAUUUCUUUUUGAGAGACUAAAGCACAUGGCACCUGUCCUGGUCUCAUGUCUGCAUCAAGACUAAAGGAUCCAUUAUGGCUUGAAUAGUGAAGCCUGAAGAAAUUUAGAUGCAAGACAAAGCCAGUUUAAUCCUGGAAGUGUCUAUUUUUUGUUUUUGUAAGAUAUGUGAAUGAAGUGCUGAUAUUCUCUAGUGUAGAGGUAGCAGCUAUGGAUUCCUCCUGCAGAAAACUAAAUGUAUAGACCCUUGUGUACAGACUUGUGUAUAAACAAUCUUUUGUAUAUAUACACAUAGAAUAGCCUUUUUGAAUCUAUACAGCUGUACAUAAGAGUAGCUGGUAACAGUUGAGCUUUAGUUGUGCCUAUGGUUUGGAUCUUUCUCCAUUGUAUGUGUGGGACUUUAAGAUUAAAGUUGCAUAUCCUAA